UAUCAUUAUGUUACGUAGUUAGAGCCUAGAAUGGGUUGUAAAAAUAUCAGCAGGAUUGUUAAAAACAGCGUUGCAUUUCGACUGACAUUUGGAAAUUGUAGUGUUUUAGGGACGUAGUGUUAAGUUGAUUUCACCGAUAUUUUCAAUUAUUUAUAUUUUUCUUCGUUCUAAUGCUGCUAAAUUAGGGUCCUGCAACUGUAGAAUCUGAAAAACACAAUGGGGUUAAGAAUUGGUGGGUGGUUUGGUUUAAUUUCCGUAAUAGUGAUAGGGUUGUUUGGAUUCGGAUGGUAUUUAACAAUUCUUUCGUUUCUGGUCUCGUUUCUGGCAGGGAUACUAACCAUCCUUUAUUUAAAUUAUGACGACAAGAAGAUAUUCAAUGUAGAUAUAAAUUGCCUGGAUGACCCACUGCAGAGAACAAAUUAUUCCAUUCAGUCCCCAAAGAUCCUAGAACUAUUCAAAUCAAACAAACCUUUGCCAAAAUUUGACCAGCGCAUAACUGGCAGUGAUACAGUUGACUCCUUCCUGAAUGAAAUCAUCACUAUCAUCAUCAAUGACUAUGUGACCACAUGGUACGGCAUCUUGACGGAUGAUGAAGAGUUCACGAGUCAUUCAGUCAAAAAGUUGGUGAUUUCUACUAGUGCCAAUGUAGCCAAUAGAGUAAAAAGCGUAGACUGGAUCCAUCUCCUCUCGACGAAAUUUCCCGAGGAGCUGACAAUGCACCUAAAAUUAUUCAAACAGUCGAGAGUGAGGUUGAAACAUAUAGAUCUAGUGGCCGCUAAAGAGGUUAAUGGCAACGGCAAACCUAGUCCAAAGAAAGAGGAAAAGAAGACACAUAGGAGGAAUAAGAGUGACACAGAUUUGUCGUGGGCCCCAGAUGCACAAACAUUUGGAAAAUCUAAAUUUUACGAUAGCUCAGAAGAUGUCAGCGGGAAAUCAUUGAUCGACUUGUUCUUCGAUUUGGAAAACUCUAUAGAGAACAGACAGCUCUGCCGGGAUGCUUUUUGCACUGAUCCCAAAAAGGAAUAUGCGUUGCUAUGCGAAUUAUCAGAAGCCGUGAUAUACUUAGUAGCCCCUGAGGAAGUGUGGAAAUGUCACGCCUUAAAGGUGCUGCUAAUUGAUCUACUGUCCUCUGUGGUUCUCCGUCCCGUGGUGGCCCUACUUAGCGAUCCGGACAACAUCAACAGGGCUAUUAUUAGAACAUGUUGUCGCGACGCAGUUCUGCCAUCAGAACAGUUCCUCACGGUGAUACGGUGCUGCGGUGACGCCGAAGAACUAGAUGCCACGCUGGAGAUGGUGCAGAAGGAUAUACAGAAACUGCAUUCGAGAGACAGUGCAGGAGAGUGGGAACUACAAGACCGGCAGAAGCUGUCUUCACUGCAGUACCUCACUAGGAUCAUACAGGCCCGGAAAGCCACAUUAGGACCUCAAGGAACCACCAGCGCCACAGAAGUGAAAUUGUCCGAAGAAGUGAUAAGAUCGGAGAAGUUUCUGCGGGCGCAAGAAAACUGGAGGUCCCAAGCACAGUACACACUAGACAUAGAAGUAAACGAAACAGAUUCAAUACAGUCCUCUAAACUAGUACUAGACAAGCUACGUUCAUCCGCCUUAGAAAUAUGUGACACGUACUUGUCUCCGAACCGAAUAAGCGUGCUGGGUCUUCCUGAGAACUGUUACGCGGAAUUAGUCAGGAAGAUCAACACCGAAGGAGAGGAAUUUACGAAUAAUCCUGUUAUAUGCUUUGAUGAGGUUUACAAGUGUGUUUGGGAUGCCCUUCAGGACGAUUAUUCGUGGCAACUGUACUGCAUGACGAACGGAGAACAAGACUCAGCUGCUAACAGUGAAAUCAAGAAGGAUGACAAAGACGCCAAAAAAUAUAGCGGAGUAGACACGUUACCAGUGCCUGGUGCAAGACACAACCGGUCACGGUCCGACAUUGUCGGGAAUUUGGCGCAAAAAAUGAUCAGCGAAAGUGCAGGACCAUCAAAUUUAACGUCACCCAACACAAGCAAUAUGUCGCUGUCUCACUCAAACAUCAGCCAAAACGCAAAGAAUCUCACGUCUCCAUUGCAAGCGUCAAUCAUUGAAACAGCUCUAAUGCAAGAUAAAGGGAAGGCAAUUGGAAUCUACGCUAUCGCAGUGACGAGAGUGUCAGACAACGAGAAAUGGCAUAUUUAUAGGAGAUACAGCGACUUUUAUGACCUGCAUUCAUCUAUUAAAGACAAGUGGCCAGAAUUAGGUCAUCUCCCGUUCCCUGCCAAGAAGACGUUCCAAAACACAUCACGCGCCGUCCUAGAAACCAGAAAGCGAAUGCUCAACAAUUACCUAAUGAAUUUAGCGAACCUGGCAAGAGAGGCGCGGUAUAUGGCUCUCUGGUCACCCGAUUAUCUAGGGGGGUUCCUUAGCCAGGAGAUACAGACGGGGAAAACUAGCAAUAUGUUUGAUGCCCUGUUUGUGAACUCAAUAAAGGCUGGUGUGAGGACCUUAAAGAACAUGCCUGAUCAGUUCGCUAACACAGUUGACGGAGUUAUGGACGGUAUUUCAAAGGUGUUCCAAAGUAAAGGAAGUGACAGUUGCGAGGACCUUAGGUACGGGAAUUCUUCGGAUAGUCAAGAUGAGGGCGAUGAAAGCGCAGCGCUUCGCCUGCUAGAAGAGGUGCUAGGAAUACGCGGACUCUGGCUGCGGAGAAAACUGCUCGCGCCCUUGCGCACACUUAUCGGAGACCGAGUUAACAAAAAGGUGUUCGAUUUAGUCUCUUCGCUGACUUCGCCUCGGAACGUCGUUCAAUAUCUUAAGACAUUUAAGCAAUGGCUCACGGCUCGAAACAACCCGCAAGGUGGCAACAGGGACGCGGCUACUAAGGCUAGAACGAGAGUUGCCGCUAAAGUGGCUCUGCUAGCUGCUUCAUCAGAUGAGUUGAAGCAUAUAGUUGGGUCAGACGCAGCCAGACGAGGUCUACUUACAGUCUUCGACCUAUUCCAGAACGAAGAGAUCAACAAGAGGCUUAUUUUCGUGCUACUUGAAGCGACGCUGGCGAACUUGUUCCCAGACAACGAAUUCCCAGAGUUAUUCAAGAAGCUAUACUCCAAUUCGCCGAGAGUGCCUGUGACUAAGAAAAAUGUUAGUACUUAGAUUUAAUUAUUAAAUACGUCGUAUUUAAAGUGAAGGGACCAGCCGGUCUGAUCUGUUCAAAAUGCAGUGUGCCAAGUUAUUGACAGGAAUUGAUAUGUUUUUUAAAUCGGCGGUUUAAUAUGCCCUAUAAUGUUCAAGUUGGUUAUUAAAUGUUAUACUGGCUGUCCUACACAAAAUGCAUCAACAUAAUAUUUUGAAUGGAUUCAUAAAGUAGACAUCCAUGCAUUGUAUAGUCAGCAUAAAAUAGAUAGUGACGACCGAAGAAGCCAAAUAAAUCGAUAGACAACUUUGUUAUUAUUGAAAUAAGGAAGUGUUCAUAUACAUUACGCUAGUUUGGCCGUUAUUGUAUAUGAUACUGACUGUACACGAUAAAAACCCAAACUACAGCGAAACAUGUUACUUUCUAAGCGUUAAGUAUACACCUCCAUCAUAGCAUCUAAAAGUAAAUUGUGAAACCUCAUUACUUUAUUUAAGGAAGUAAACAUUUUGCUUAUCUUCGAUUUUAGCGCAUGGUCUUCAUUUUUGAACAGGUGUGUUUAUGAUCUCCUGUCUCCUGUCUUAAAACAAAAAUGUAAAAACUAAAUUGAAAUAAAAUUGAUCCCAUUAAUUGUAAUCUACACCUCAUGUUUUUACAACUAUAAAAUCGUUUAAGUAUUGUAUUUCAUUCGGUCAAAAUAUUCCAUCCUCUAUGCAUAGACUAGGAAUAAAUAAAAUAUAUGUAUACAUUUUAACUAAAAGAAUACAUUGCACGAUGUCAAAAGUAUUAUUCAUAUUUAAUAAAAAAAUUAGUAUUGGAAAUAAUAAUGUGAUAACUGAUAAAUUAGGAAAUUUUACAUGCUUACCUGAGUACUUGUACAAAAAGCUUUUUACUAUUGUUGUAAUAUUUACAUAUUGUAGCAAAGUUUCGAGAUUACUUCGCAAUUUAUAUAUAAUUGUGUAUAUUUUAGGUUGUUUCGGUAUAAUAAAAAUAACUAACUUAUGCUUAUUAUAAAAAAGAAUACUUGUAUAGUCCGAGACCCAAUCUCGUGAGAUUAAAACACGUCUUUUAUUACGACCGUUAAACGAUAUUAUUAAACUAGUAUUGAGUAAUUCAUUCUUCUUUUAAAACAUACUCAUGAUGACCGUUAACGAGAUUUAGCUUGAUAGUUUGGUAAAAAAUCAUUAUGACAAUUACAUUGACGAAAAGCAUUUUUGAGACAAAUCGAAUUAGGAAUCUGAAGUAAAAUCCUGCGAACGUUUGGUUUUUACUUGGUAUCUUGAACAACAUUGCGUACACGCACUACACGAUUUUUUUUAACUUUUAUUACUACCAAAUGGACUAAUAAACGGACAUAGUAAAAAAGUGGCUUUUGUGAGAGAGGUGUUUAGCACAUUUUUUUCUACCUCUAUUUGUUGGGUUAUCUAUGUUUUUAUAAGCAUUAUAAGAAUACAUUAUAAGGCAUUAUUAGUCUGGAGGGGUGCCAUUGUCACGUGACGGUUAAAAUCUUAUAAUUUUACUUUUAUUUAAGUUUUUUUUUUUUUACUCAUGUAUAUUUUAAGAGGUUAUACAGGUUGGUUGCUGGUCUGAUAAAAUACUUUUAGUUCAAUUUAAAGCAAUAAAAUAUUCAGCACAUAUCAUAUAAGGUUAGGUAUUUCCCGUGUUGUCCUCGUUACUAUAAUGUUAAUAGUAUUAUAUUUUUUAUAGCUGGAUACAUUCCACUUGUUUAACUUAUUUAAAUUUUAUAAAAUAGCCGAAUGUUAGUGUAAUAUAGUUACGUGCCUAUUUAUUGAUUUGAAAUAAAAUAUUUCAACUUGAGGGAG